UUUAUUGCAAAUCGUAUUUGUUUGUUGUUCUUUAAAUUCAUUUUCCUGUUGAAAAAUUCAUUAAAUCGCAAUGGAAAAACCACAAAAAAUGCCCAAAGUGGCAAAGGUCAAGAACAAGGCUCCGGCAGAAGUUCAAAUUACUGCGGAACAAUUGCUGAGGGAAGCUAAAGAGCGUGAUUUGGAAAUACUACCACCACCGCCGAAGCAGAAGAUCUCCGAUGCAGCCGAAUUGGCCGAUUACCAGCAGCGGAAGCGCAAAACGUUCGAGGAUAAUCUGCGUAAGAAUCGAAUGGUGGUAAGCAACUGGAUCAAGUAUGCACAAUGGGAGGAAUCGCAGAAAGAGAUCCAACGAGCGCGAUCUAUCUGGGAACGGGCGAUCGAUAAUGACCACCGGAAUAUUACCAUUUGGUUGAAAUAUGCCGAAAUGGAAAUGAAGAACCGCCAGGUCAAUCAUGCCCGCAAUCUGUGGGACCGAGCCGUGACGGUACUUCCCCGGGUGAACCAGUUUUGGUAUAAGUAUACCUACAUGGAAGAGAUGCUGGAAAAUGUGGCCGGUGCAAGGCAAGUGUUUGAGCGCUGGAUGGAGUGGCAACCGGAGGAGCAAGCUUGGCAAACGUACAUAAAUUUUGAACUGCGCUAUAAGGAGAUUGACCGAGCCAGACAAAUUUACGAGCGGUUCGUUAUGGUACAUCCGGAGAUUAAAAAUUGGAUCAAGUUUGCACGAUUCGAAGAGGCACACGGCUUUAUUCAUGGAGCACGUUCAGUCUACGAGAGAGCCAGUGAAUUUUUCGGCGAUGAUAAUACCGACGAGCGGCUGUUUAUUGCAUUCGCAAGGUUCGAAGAAGGUCAGAAAGAACACGACCGAGUUAGGGCUAUUUACAAAUAUGCGCUGGAUCACUUGCCGAAGGACAGAACCGGCGAGCUAUACAAAGCGUAUACAAUUCAUGAGAAGAAGUAUGGCGAUCGGUCGGGAAUUGAGGACGUGAUUGUCUCUAAAAGAAAGUUCCAAUAUGAACAGGAGGUUGCUGAAAAUCCCCUGAACUACGAUGCCUGGUUCGAUUACCUGCGGUUGGUGGAAAAUGAAGCCAACGUGGAAUUGAUACGAGAAACGUAUGAAAGGGCCAUCGCAAACGUUCCUCCCGCCAUGGAUAAGAAUUCAUGGCGAAGAUACAUCUAUCUGUGGAUAAAUUAUGCCCUGUAUGAAGAACUGGAGACGGAGGACUUGGAACGAACGCGCCAAAUAUAUAAGACCUGUCUGGAAUUAAUUCCGCACAAAGUUUUUACUUUCAGUAAAAUAUGGUUGCUUUACGCACAGUUCGAAAUUCGUUGUAAAAACCUGCAAGUGGCACGCAAAACGUUGGGCAUGUCUAUUGGAAUGUGUCCGCGAGAUAAGUUGUUCCGGGGUUAUAUUGAUAUAGAAAUCCAACUUCGCGAGUUCGACCGAUGUCGAACUCUGUACGAGAAAUUCCUCGAGUUUGCUCCGGAAAACUGCACCAUAUGGAUGAAGUUUGCCGAAUUAGAAUCACUACUCGGCGAUAUCGACCGAGCACGGGCCAUUUACGAGCUAGCCAUCCAGCAGGCACGUCUAGAUAUGCCGGAGUUACUUUGGAAGAGCUACAUUGACUUUGAGGUACAGCAGAGUGAAUUUGAGCUCGGCCGACAACUAUACGAGAGACUACUGGAGCGAACAACGCACGUAAAGGCUUGGAUUUCGUAUGCCAAGUUUGAGAUGGCCGCCGAGAAUGAGGAUAACAUCAACGUACAACUAUCACGUCGUGUUUACGAACGAGCAAAUGACAGUCUGAAGAAUGCCGCCGAAAAGGAAUCUCGAGUGCUGAUUUUGGAGGCGUGGCGAGAUUUCGAAAAAGAACACGGUGAUGCGGAAAGUCUGCGUAAGGUGAUGUCCAAGAUGCCUCGAAAAAUCAAGAAACGGCAGAAAAUUGUGUCCGAAAGCGGAAUCGAAGAAGGCUGGGAAGAGGUGUUCGAUUUUAUCUUUCCCGAGGACGAGAUGGCACGGCCAAAUCUAAAACUGCUUGCGGCAGCCAAAAACUGGAAAAAGCAAAAAGACGUUGUUCCACCCUCUGCGCCAGGCACGUCCAGUUCUAACGACGAAACCAGCACCAGUGAGGCUGAUACCACCAAACAACCUACAGAACCAUUGGAAGAAAGCUAACUAUUUCACAUUUUAAUGUUGAAAGCUCUUAAGUUAAGAAAUUAAAACGUCUACAAUAAA